AUGUCACUUCCCGAUAUUGACAAGUACAUUGUCCGAUAUGUGCAGCAUCACCUCUCACCCGAAGAUACUGGAUCGACCGUAACAGCAUCUCCGGAGAGUGGAGAAGCUGAAGGUUAUGAUGGUUUCAGCGAGACAUGGUUUGUUGAUGAAAAGGCACGAAACCGCCUAUUCGAGACCGACGCUGUUAAAGAGACACAUAGUGAUGAAGAGAAGUUCUUAGACAUGAAAGCAACAAGGUGGAUUGUGAGAGAUUCACAGAUAUCGUUCUCAGAGGUCGCGGACUGGAAUAAAGUCGCCGGGCGAUUGAAGGGAAGCCACGUCAUUUUAACAUGA